AGCGCCGGAGGAUGCGGAGCGCGGGGCGAGGGGGGCGCCGGUGGAUUGCUGCUCCAGAUCUCUGCGCUCAGACGCCCCCGGGGUCCCCUCUGAGCGAGGACAAGUGAUGGUUUUACUGCUGGCGUUUCACCGGAUAACGGAGUCCGGGCCGCCGGGGGUGAGAACACCGGGAGCGGCGCCGAGAGGCUGCGCUGCGCGCCGGGUGUGCGAAGGGAAUCGCCGAAAUAGGCCUUCUAAAACUAUCUGGAGAACAGAAUAGGGAAGCAUCUGCUCUCUUCAGCAUCAGCUUUAUCCAAGGACUCCCUCUGAAUCACAGAAGAAACAAUCGUGUUGAUUUAAGUUGAACAUUUGUCUCGAGGAUUAAGAAGGAAGCCAUGCCAGUGCUUUCAGAAGACUCAGGAUUGCACGAAACUUUGGCCCUUUUGACAUCUCAGCUGACACCUGAUUCAAAUCAUAAAGAGGAGAUGGGAUUUCUUAGAGAUGUCUUCAGUGAAAAGAGUCUCAGCUACUUGAUGAAGAUUCAUGAAAAGCUCCGUCAUUAUGAAAGACAGAGUCCGACUCCUGUUCUACAUAGCACAGCAGGAUUAGUUGAAGAUGUAAUAGAAGAGCUGCAGACUGCACCAGUGAAUAAUGAAGAAAAAGAGCUACUUCAGCUGUUGUCAACACCACAUCUCAGGGCAAUGCUUGUAGUACAUGACACCGUAGCGCAGAAGAACUUUGACCCGGUGCUUCCCCCUCUGCCCGAUAACUUUGCUGAUGAUUUUGAUGAGGAAUCGGUGAAAAUUGUUCGGCUAGUGAAAAAUAAGGAGCCCCUGGGAGCUACCAUCAGACGAGACGAGCACACGGGAGCGGUGAUCGUAGCCAGGAUCAUGCGAGGGGGCGCAGCCGAUCGCAGCGGUCUUGUCCACGUUGGAGAUGAACUGAGGGAAGUGAACGGUGUCGCCGUGCUCCACAAGCGACCGGAAGAAAUAAGUCAGAUUUUGGCUCAGUCUCAGGGAUCAAUAACAUUAAAAAUAAUUCCAGCCGUCAAAGAAGAAGAUCGUCUGAAGGACAGCAAGGUGUAUAUGAGGGCGCUUUUCUGCUAUAACCCCAAAGAAGACAGAGCCAUUCCUUGCCAGGAGGCUGGGCUGCCGUUCAAGAGACGACACAUCCUGGAAGUCGUAAGCCAAGACGAUCCCACGUGGUGGCAAGCGAAGCGUGUUGGGGAUACCAACCUCCGCGCGGGCCUGAUCCCCUCCAAACAGUUCCAAGAAAGACGGUUGACCUACAGAAGAGCAGUCGGCGCUCUGCAGAACCCCAGGCCCGUGAGGAAGCCGUUGUAUGAUCAGUCUUCUGAUAAAGAGGACUGUGACUGUGAAGGAUAUUUCAACGGGCAGUACAUAGCUGGCUUACGCAGGAGCUUUCGAUUGAGCCGUAAAGAGAAGGAGAACGGUGUGAACGAGGGCAAACCAGCGGAGCAGGCAGACCCGGCCGAGUUCCUCACCUAUGAAGAAGUCACGCAGUACCAGCAGCAGCCGGGUGACCAGCAGAGGCUGGUGGUUUUGAUUGGUUGUUUGGGGGCCAGGUUAAGUGAGCUCAAGCAGAAGGUGGUGGCCGAGAACCCGCAGGAAUACGGAGUUGCAGUUCCACAUACAACCAGGUCAAGGAAAAGUCAUGAGAAAGAAGGAGUGGAAUACAAUUUUGUCUCCAAGCAAUCAUUUGAGACAGAUGUGCAGCAAAACAAAUUUGUGGAACAUGGAGAAUACAAAGAAAACCUGUACGGUACAAGUCUCGAGGCAAUCCGGUCCGUGAUGGCCAAGAAGAAGGUUUGUUUGGUGGACGUGGUACCUGAAGCAGUGAAGCACUUGAGGACGCCUGAGUUUAAACCUUAUGUUAUCUUUGUGAAGCCUCUCGUUCCAGAAAAGAAAAAACCUGUCCUGAAAUCUCCCACAUCAGAAGAAAUCUCAUCCCCCCUUCAGGAUGAAGAACAGCAGGAAAUUAUUAAUUCAGCAGCAUUCAUUGAAGAGCAGUAUGGACACUUAAUUGACGCGGUGCUGGUGAAAGAAGAUCUGCAGAGCGCGUGUAAUCAGCUGAAAAUGGAGUUAGAGAAACUAAACAAGGAUUCAUUCUGGGUGCCCGUCAACUGGGUGAGGUCGUAGCUUCUUAUCCGCUGUUUGAGUGAACAGUUGUAUAAAAACGUCUUGUAAAUAUAUGGAUUAGAAAAGGGAAAUCAUGUCCAAUUCACUUCAGAACUGCUGGUCUAGCUCGAAGGCGAUACAUAAAGACUGUAGGAGAAAAACUAAGUGAAGUCAGAAGCCAACACUGCCUUCCUGAAUCAACGUCUUUAAUAGCAGCUGUCAUGUGAAAGUCAAUACUUAGACUAAACCGAUCAGCAGAAGACUGGAGUGACUUUUAGACUGUAAAUAGUGCAUUUUGUACAGUAAAGUCUCACAGAGAGCUCCCCGCUUUCCAAGAUCCAGCACUCAAAACUGCCAUUUUCAUCCUUUAGCCACAAAUUUUGAAUUAAAGCAUCUGAGAAGGUUCUUUUCAGGAAUCAGUGUGCCUGCAGAACAAGCUCCUUCAGCCAGGUAGGAAGAUGUUGCAAAUCUGUUCCAAUUGGGCACUAAAACCAGGCUAGUUGUAAAUAUUUCGGUGGCUGAUUCUUUAUUUUAUGUCCACCCCAUGUUUCCCAAUGUGUCUGAGUUGUGUUGCACAGCUAUUGGUCUGCUCACUUUCCCCAUCUUCCUACUGCCACAGGAAAACGUUAAGACACCCUGCAAACACACCAGCUCGUAAAACAGAGACUUUUGUUUAGUCUACAUGGAAACAACUGCCUGGGAUUUAAAAGAGACCUUUUUCAAAGCUCCUUUUCUACAAGACAUCUUUGCAAAUGCCAUGUGAGGCGAGAGCACCCUGACGCCAACACAGCAGCUCCAAAACGGGUGCUGGAACUUCACCAUGUAGUUGAGCUACAGCUCCAAAUCAUUUCUCACCACCUGUGUUUGAAAUCAGUUAAGUGCUUCCAGAGCAUCCGAUUGCCUACAGCACAUCCUGAGGAAGAAAUCUUAACUGGGUAGAGGAUUUUGUAUGUAUUUCUGGAGAUUUGAAUAUACAGGAUGUUUUUUAGGCGGGUGUUAAUAAGAAAAUGCACAGAGAUGAUUCUGGAAGCACUUAUGCUUUACAAUUAUUUGAAAAAAUAUACGAGCAUUGUACAGGUGCAUGUUAACUGAAACUAGGUCCUGCUUUCCAGUCUCUGCUGAGGUCUCAUCUUUCCUGUGUACUAUUCAACAAGACCUUUUGGUCCUUGACUCUUACCAGUGUGAUGUAAUUCUUCUUCAGUGCAUUGAACAGAACUACAUUGCAUAUUAAAAGCACAUCUCCUAUAUACCAGUGUCGCUGAAUCUACAGAGUCUGAAGGACUCCCGUGCCGAUCUGCAGAAGAGCAGCUGAAAAGUAAUAUCACAAAAUAGAGUACUAACCUUAUUUCAUGCUAAGGCAGGAAUUUCAGAAAAAGCCCAUGUUGAACGCCAUACAGCGAGAGCACGAGACGCCGUGCAGCACUAGGAUUUCAUAGGGAAAACCUGACAUAACCAGAAAGAUCUCUUGGUUGUGCGUAAGGGAAGGAGAAACCGGAGUUUGUUCCUCAGUUUGGUUUUUGGAUCUGUACAACUGCUGGUGGGUCAGACAAGGCACAGAGGAGGGCUGGAGUUCCCCCACCUCUUCUGGUUUUGUUCAAGUGCAAGUCCAUCCACACAGGAGAGCCACCGGCAGAUCUAAGCAAGCGGACAGAACGCCCCACAGAAGCUCUUGUCCCGCCGUGCUGAAGGUUCCUGCAGCUGGACUCUCUCCUCUGCGUUUUUCUUGCAGACACCUGGUGUCUCCAGGAUCUUUGCGGCCAGUUCCUCGAAGGCGCAUUGGACUCCGUCCUGGGUCUUGGCACUGGUCUCU